AUGAUGCGAUCCCUUUUGAGAUCCUCUCUUUUGCGAAGGGGAGUAUUCAGCAAAGGGCAUUCGACCAGGACCUAUCAUGCUUCAGUUUUACCAUCCCUAAUCUCGACUUCUUCACCUGACUUCCAGGCAAAAGCUGAAUCCAUGGACGCCCUUAUAUCUGAUUUCGAAACAAGAACCGCUGAAGCGCGACUGGGAGGUGGGCCGAAAGCUGCAGAGCGAAUGCGGAACAAAGGGAAGAAACUUCCUCGAGAAAGGCUUUCACUUCUUCUGGAUCCUCAUACCCCAUUCCUCGAACUUUCUUCAUUGGCAGCACAUAACGUCUAUGGCGAACAUGUCCCCGGUGCCGGUUUAAUAACCGGAAUCGGUAGAGUUUCUGGACAAGAAUGUAUGGUCAUCGUGAACGAUGCAACCGUGAAGGGAGGUAUAUAUUACCCAUUGACGGUUAAGAAACAAUUACGAGCACAAGAGAUUGCCAGAGAACAUGGUCUACCGUGUAUUUACUUAGUGGAAUCCGGUGGAGCCGCUCUACCCCAUCAAGCUAAUGUUUUCCCGGACAAGGAGCAUUUUGGACGUAUAUUCUACAACAUGGCCCAAAUGUCUGCAUUGGGUAUUCCGCAAAUAUCAUCUGUGCAUGGGAUCUCGGUUGCCGGCGGAGCAUACGUCCCCGCCAUGGCCGACGAAAAUGUAAUUGUUCGUAACCAAGGCCGUAUCUUCCUGGCUGGGCCCCCUUUGGUCAAAGCGGCAACUGGUGAAGAGGUCGAUGAUGAAACGUUGGGAGGUGGGAGGAUGCACUCGAGUGAGAGCGGUGUGACCGAUCACCUGGCAAGAGACGAUGAACAUGCAAUUGCCAUAGUUCGUGGCAUAGUGGGUGACCUGGGUCUUGCUGGGUAUCGUUCAUCCGUAGCGCAAGUUCCAGCAGAGGAACCGCUUUACUCUGCAAAAGAGUUGCAUGGGAUUGUUGGUACUGACGUGCGGCAAGCUUUUGACAUGCGGGACGUAAUUUCACGUAUUGUGGACGGCAGCCGGUUUAGAGAGUUCAAAAAGGAGUAUGGGCCUACAAUCGUGACGGGGUUUGCCCAUAUCCACGGUUAUAAAGUUGGGAUUCUUGCAAACAAUGGAAUUUUGUUCUCGCCUUCCGCUUUGAAAGCCACGCAUUUCAUACAACUUUGCUCCCAGCGCCAAAUUCCCUUGUUGUUCCUGGUAAAUGUGACUGGCUACAUGGUGGGCUCCAAGUCGGAAAGGGGGGGAAUAGCCAAGGACGGGGCGAAGAUGGUUCGUGCCGUCGCAUGUGCCGACGUUCCCAAGUUAACUGUUAUCGUUGGGGGCAGCUUCGGUGCGGGUAACUACGGAAUGGCAGGUCGUGCUUACUCUCCGAGGUUCCUCUGGAUGUGGCCAAACGCUAAAGUAUCUGUCAUGGGUUCGGGGCAACUAUCACAAGUCAUGCAGAGUGUUUCUAAGGAUCCUUCGCGGCACGCUUCCCUCAAGGCAGAGAUAGAAGAACAAGCGAGCGCCAUGUACUCAACAGCUCGACUAUGGGACGAUGGUAUAAUCAAACCCACGGAUACACGAGACGUGGUGGGACUUGGGCUCGCACUCGUUGCUCGUAGAGCCCAAUCUUACGGGACUGGACGCACAGGAAGAGGUGUCUCGACAUGGGAUGGGGAUGGAAAGGGUUACGGUGUAUUUAGGAUGUAG